AAAACAGAAAAGCCCACCCAACGGUUCUUUCACACCUUUAGUUGUGUAUAUAUAUAAUUCGAAAAGUUCAAAGCUUGCAAAGGGGAUCCGAUCGGAAAUGAUGACACGACUCUCCAGAACAUUCCCUUCCGUAAAGCUCCCAAACCCUCACCCCUCCUCAAUUCUAUUACCAUGUUCAACAUCACUACCCAAUAUCAAAUCAGAAGCAAAAUCGAAUUCUCCCUCAAAAUCAAAACCAAAAUCGAGGUCUUGGUCUGUGUAUCUCAUCCUUUCCACCAAUGCACCCAUCAAGACCUACGUUGGUGUCACCACCGAUUUCUCUCGCCGUCUGAAACAACACAAUGGUGAACUAAAAGGUGGGGCAAAGGCAUCCCAUGCUGGAAGACCAUGGAUUUGUGCGUGCCUAAUACAUGGUUUCAAGGACCAAAAUGAAGCAUGUGCAUUUGAAUCAAAAUGGAAAACUUUAUCAAGGAGUUUGCCUCGCAAAAGAAAGGACGAUAACAAGGUAGAGCAAGUAAAUGAUUUGUCGCGUCCUCUACUACAACAUAGGCAAGCAGCUCUAAAUAGAGUUAAAGGUAAAUUUGAUUGUACUCGCUUAGAAAUUGACUGGAAACUGAAUCCUUUAUAAAGUAUAGUAAAUAAAUCCCCCUGUCGAGCACUUUCCCUUACGUUUAUGAAAAUUAAUGUGUAACUAAUACAAAAUGACAUAGCACUGAGAACAAUCAAUUGAACUUUAUUCUAGGGAGUAUUACUAAUCUAAAGUUGUUGUAUACUUAUAUGAAGCACUGUAAUCGCAUACAAUUUGGUCGAAUACUAAAACCAGAUUGCGAUGAUGGGGAAAUUCUUGUCUAGAAGAGGUCUACUAGAAUGUAUUAUUACUCUUUUACUAAAUGAAUCAAGAGAAAGUAUUUAAUUAUUUGUUCAA